CAGUUCAACUUCAACAUCCUUGGGGAUCAUCGCACGUGGUGAAACGCAUCAACGACACUUGCCAGUCGGAUUUUGAUCUGAACCUCAAGAUACGAAAAUCUAAAGAGAAAAAAAAGUAUUUAGUACUAGCUCCGAAAUCGUACCACAAAAAAGCUACAGGUACCGGGUCGCGAAUGUCAACAUCAGCUCUCCUUGUCAAGUAACAUUUUGUCGAAUGGGACCUUCCAAUUUGAGCGUGUAAAUUUCCUAUUCAGUGCAGGUGGAAAAGAAGAGCCGUAAGGAUGAAGCGUUCAUUAAAGCGUGCUGCUGUGCGGCAAAUUAUGACUGGCUCCCGUGGAAGUUAUAUAUAUGAGCCUUUACCCUCAUCUGAAGAAUCAGAUCCAGUUACUAGCAGAGAUUCGGAUGAUAUUGUCCAGACUUUAGAGCAGCAUUUGACGAAGUUCAGGAAAAGAUCAAGGAGAAAAGUGAUCACUAUGGGUAUUGCCGCGGCUGUUGUGUUGGGACUUGUCUAUUUUGGAGCGGUGUAUGUUUGGCCGUGAAGUUUUUCCUUAGUGUUCAUAUUCUUUGCUAACCAGUGCUAUAGAGGCUACGGGCUACCAACCCACUCGUCGUGCGAUAGUAUCAAUGCUGGAUACUACUGUCAACCAGAGAUCUCACAUUUCUGGGGUCAAUAUUCGCCUUAUUUUUCAGUUCCCUCGGAGAUCAGUGCUUCUGUCCCUGAUCAAUGUGAAAUAUCAUUUGCUCAGAUCUUGUCUCGCCACGGAGCACGGGAUCCAACAGCUGGCAAGACAGUAAAAUAUAUGGCUCUCAUAGACAAAAUCCAUAAUACCACGACUUCCUAUGGAGCCGAUUAUACUUUCAUAAAGAAGUACGAGUAUUCUUUAGGAUCUGAUCAGCUUAGCGUAUUUGGACAACAGGAAUUGAUCAACUCGGGUAUUAAGUACUAUAAUCGGUACAAGUCCCUGGCAUCGUCAAUCACUCCAUUUGUUCGUUCCUCAGGACAAGAUCGUGUUGUUGAGUCUGCCCAAAACUGGACCCAAGGGUUCCAUUCUGCUCGUUUGUCAGACUCAUCAUCUACGGCCAAUGCUAGCUACCCAUUCAAUAUUGUCAUUAUCAGUGAAGAUAAAGGAAGCAACAACACUCUCGACCAUGGUCUCUGUACCACCUUCGAGGACGGACCUGACUCCACCAUUGGAAACUCUGCCCAAGCUACAUGGGCGUCAAUCUUCACCCCAAAAAUCACCUCUCGUCUAAACUCUAAUCUCCCUGGCGCCAACCUCACCAUGGCUGACACCAUCGAAUUUAUGGAUCUUUGUCCCUUCAAUACUGUCGCCUCUCCCACCGGCAUCAUCUCUCCAUUUUGCAAUAUCUUCAGCGCAGCCGAAUGGAAAGCUUACGACUACUACCAAUCCCUCGGUAAAUACUAUGGGUUCUCCUGGGGUAAUCCAUUAGGUCCUACACAAGGCGUAGGCUUUACCAACGAGCUUAUUGCCCGCCUCACGAACAGUCCCGUCCAAGACCAUACCUCCACAAACCACACCUUAGAUGACAAUCCGGCCACGUUCCCGGUUGACAGUUCCAUUAAACUAUAUGCAGAUUUCAGCCACGACAAUGACAUGACUGCUAUAUUCUCCGCUCUUGGUCUAUAUAAUUCCACAAGCGCAUUAUCCGAAACCAGAAGAGAAGAUGUGUUGGAAACGAAUGGCUAUUCAGCGAGUUGGUCGGUACCAUUUGCAGCGAGGAUGUAUGUGGAGAAGAUGGCCUGUGCGGGUGAGAGUGAGGAGUUGGUUAGACUUAUCGUUAAUGAUCGCGUGCUGCCAUUAAAGACCUGUGGUGGUGAUAAAUUGGGCAGAUGUGGAUUGUCAAAGUUUGUAGAGAGUUUGAGCUUUGCUAGUGAAGGGGGUGAUUGGGGAAGCUGUUUUACUUCCUGAGCUGGAUAAUAAUACGAACUAAUCUAAGAAUUGUGCAUAAUAGAAACUGGCGACGGAUGGAGAUCGCAAACCCCUCCUGUAGGGUUUGUUAGGAGCUUUUAGAAAGAGAUACUUGACACAAUCUAGAUAUGAUCAACAAGUUGCCCACAUCAGGGUCAAUCCAGCAUGAAAGAUAAAAGCCUGCGACGCA